AAAGAUUCCAAGUAACAUAAACAAAAAGGAUCACUCCACAGCCAAGCAACACAAACGCUUCUGGAUUUCCGAUACUCUUUCUCCACACGAUAAUCAAAAUAACGCCCAACGCCGGCAAGAUUCCGGCGGCUCAGAUGACCCAAACAGGUCCCCCGGAGAAUCCAGAACUCCGGCCUGGAGGAAGAAUCCCGGGAACAAUCCCAAUCUUCUUCAACAGGUAUGCGACUCAUUGUUCCCUUGCAAGGAAUAGUUCAAGGUCGAGGUGGCUUAAUUUUAGGUUCAGUAAUUCCUUGUGCUAUGUUCUACUUCCUCCAAUUCUACCUCAAACGACGCCGUUCACCGCCGAACCCGCCGCAAGAGCAGACCUCGAACCCUCCGUCGCCGACUCCUUCGUCGUCUAAUCUACCGGAGCUGUCUAGGUCAGCUUCCCGCUCUAAUCUGUUGUCUCGUGGCUCAAUUGUUAGGCCUCAUGUGUCAGCGAGGGUUCAUUCUAUCGCGAAAUCGAACACUUCUCCUUAUUACAUUGGGUUGGAUAGAGCUUCUGAAGAUCCUUACGACAGAGUGAAUAAUCCCAACGGUGUUAUUCAGCUCGGAUUGGCAGAAAACCGGCUGACACUUGAUUUGAUUGAAAAUUGGAUUACUGAGAAAUUGAACGAUUCUAUACUUGGAGCAGAAGGUUUGAGUGUUAGUGGCAUUGCUACCUACCAACCAUUUGAUGGAAUAAUGGAGUUAAAAGUGGCCAUGGCUGGAUUCAUGUCACAAGUUGUGGGAAAAACAGUGUCAUUUGAUCCAUCACAAAUAGUGUUAACUUCUGGUGCAACUGCUGCUAUUGAGAUACUUUGCUUUGCUUUAGCUGAUCAAGGAAAUGCAUUUCUUAUACCUGCACCAUACUACCCCGGAUUUGAUAGGGACAUGAAAUGGAGAACAGGAGUAGACCUAAUACCUGUCCAUUGUAGAAGCUCAGAUAACUUCACUUUAACCAUUCCUGCACUCGAUCAAGCUUUCAAUCAAGCAAGAAAACGAGGUCAAAAGCCUCAACUUUUGGAGAAGAUGAAUUCAUAA